ACAAAACUUAGUCCACUCUGUUCGUUACAUAUUUUAGUUUUGGGAACUGAAAACUGUAUUGAGAUCAAAUGUUUAAUCGAUGAGAAAAUUAGCAGGAUGUCGGCCAAAAUUAAUCUCGUUCCAUCUUCUCCCACUACCAGCCACUGGGCUUCUUCUCACUACCAUAAUUUGGUAGUGAGUGUAAACGCCAAGCGGAUUGCUUCACAUCUGGUGAAAUAUGUCUCAUUGUACUAACUGUGCCUCAAGCGUUUGCAGCACUGAGGGUUAGUUAUACAAAUAUUUGACUGGGUAUAAUAGGGUUUGCAGCGGCACACCCUCCACCAAAUCUUUUUUUUGUUUAUUGCACAUUUCUAUGUCAUCAUUUAACUUUAGCACAGUAUUUUCGUUUCGACGGACCUGACUGUAGAAGAACGAAGGCGUUUAGUGUCGGUUACAAAAUUAAAAGAUUAUUCAGUGUAUGCCAAAGAUGGUCAGACCUUACUCCGGACCUCCUCGGUUCAAACCCAGGCCUUACUCUGAUGGCUACAACAUGCCACAUGAAGAGAAUUACAGCCCCCACCCCAGGAGUCAGAGAGGAUUCCGGGGCCACUCAGGAAAGGUCCCUCCAAGCUGGAGAGGCAGAGGACGUGCUCACUUUGCCAAAAGGCCCCCACUGAUGGGAGAACAGAGGCCCCCACUGAUGGGAGAACGGAGGGAGCGACCUUUCAAUCAGUGGAGGUCCCAAAACCAGGAUUCCUUCAACACAUACCCCUCCCAAACGGAACCCCAUCAUGGCCACAGGAGGCCUUCCCCUUCCAGGCCAAACCGUCCCCCCCCAGCUCAGCAUAGGUCCUCCCCGCAUACUCCUGGACAAGGGCCCCAGGGCCAGAGGGGUGCACUUAUCCAUGGAAACCACUCAGGUUACAGAUCCCCCUCACCACGCCAUUAUCAUAACCAACCUCCUGACAGGAGGCCACCACCCUCACAGUCCCCCCACAGUUCCUUCAGGGGCCCUCACAAGCGCCCAAGUCCGUCCCACGAAGAGGACAGGAGCUGGGGUGCCCGGCUGCCUUAUAGUCCCAGGGAGAGGCAGUUUGAGCGCCCAGGUCGUGGGGGGAUGCGCUGGAAUGGGCCAGGGCCCAUUCCCCGACCACACAAUGGUGAACGUGGGCCCUCUGGCUCCCCCCAGAGAAAGCCACGGGAGUUUCAUGGCAGAGGUCCUUAUCCAGAGAGGUGGUCUGCUGAGCGAGAUCCCAGGCAGCAGCAUGGAGUGGUGGGAAGGGAGAGGGAGGGCAGCGGACGCCGCAGCGCUGAGUGGGCACAGGAAGGCAGCCCUCACCACCCUCCCCACAGAUCCCCCACAUGGAAAGGAAGUUGGUCGUCGUCCUCUUUCCACGAGAACAGCCCCCAGGCAAGGCCAAGUGGACCACCACACAAGCGGAAGUUCCAGGAGCGCGGGAUCCCUCCUGCAGGCCCUGAUGUGGAGCAUGGUCACCCAAAGCGCCCUCGCAGAGAGAUUCCACAUUACUUCAACGCCCCUAGGGGAUUUGGAGGCCGUCCCUUGUCAUUCAGAGACAAGAGUCGUUUGCUGAAGGGGCGUAAAAUGAGAGCGGAGUCGGUGAUGAGGCUCAAAGCACCUCCACCUCAGCCCCAAGGUGCAGAGAUCCAUGAAGAGGAAGUGCCUCAUACGUCCAGGGGAAAUGCGCCAUCCAAGUUUGCUCUUCGGAGGGAGCGUUUCCAAGCAAACGCUGGCCCACUGAGGAAGAGGCCGAUGCCCCAUCAAUCACCUCCCAACCCAGAAGCCAAUUCAACCAAGUCUUCCAGGGACUCAGAGUCACAGAAGGAACAAGUGGAGUCUCAGCGAGCCUUGAGCACACACAGGGAAACGUCUAAAGAUGAUGCUAGUAGUAGUAAUGUUCUGCUCCGCUGCUUACCAAACCUGGCCUCACAGGCUCCACUGAUGGGAUGCUCAUCACUUGUAAUUCUCUGUCUUGGCUGGUCCCGCUCCAGCCCUUCCUCUAUAGACAAGCGGCUGGCUCGUGACCUAGUCGUUGUGUCCCAGUGGCAGGCACCUGGGACUAACUCAAGCUCAAAGGACAGCCCCCCAAGGGAUAGAAGUAGGACACCAAAAAACAAAACUGAGCGCUAUUACAAUUCAGAUGAACAACUUACACUGAAUGAACGCUUCUCUAAAAUUCAUGACUCCAGUCCUUCCCCUUCACCAAGAGACCGGAGAUAUGCGGAAAGGCCAACGAACGUGCCACAGGAGAACCGCAGACCAGAAAGACCCUUCAGGAAACCAGGACCACAGAGAUCGAGCUUCCGUCCCACUCGCCCAAAUCGCAAACCAGGUCCUCCUCCCCAGAGAAGACCAGGCCCUGAACCGCCUGGUCCCUUUAGGAAGCCACUCAUGGGAGGCUUUGUACCACGUCCUUUCUCUCAAAGGCCUGUGUUCAGGAAGAGCCAGAGCGUCCUGUCCAAAUACCGUAACAUGCCGACGAUGCGUCAACAUGUACCCCCCAACAGAGGGUCUAAUUAUCGCCGCUGGUGAUCAAACUAGAGGGACCAAGGGCACAGUUCAGGCUUACACACCCUUUCCCCCUUGGCCUUGGGUUGCAUCUUUGUCCUGGAGAUGGUCCCCCAAUGGAACUCUCCCUGUCGUCCGAGUACAUCAGAAAAUGACAGAUGCACUGUUUAUUUUUAUUUUUUUGACUGUUUGCAUAAGAUGUGUUUAAAUAUACAGAAUAGGCUAUCAGUUUCUAGUCUUCCAGACUAGUUAUUAUGGACAUUGUUUUUUUGAUUUCACAACCAUGUUACACCUCUCAUAUCAUGUAAAUUAUGAAGAUUUUACCUUUUUAUAGUUACCAGUACCACUUUUUUGUUUUCCCCCAGUGCUUAGAGAAACAAACUUUUUGCUGUAAAGUAGAAGCAGUCUUCAAGACGAUUCCCCAAGGGCUGUUAAAUAUGAUGCUGUCUAAUUCUCAACCUGUAAAAACUACUGAUGCCAUCUUCAUGUCCUGCUCAUUUCAUCCUAUGUACAUUGUUUUGUUUAAGAUAUUGCAAAUAAAUGGCUCAACAUUC